UGGCCGACGGUUCUAGAGAAAUCGUUCGUUUGGCAAAACUAUGCAAGACGCCUAUACUGGCUAAUAUGUAUGUCCACAAGGAAUCCACCAUGUUGCAGGUCAUGGUCAUUGUUAUGGCUUUAGCUCAUACUGAAAUAGUCUUGCCACCCAGGGACAAAAAACUAAAAUACUCAUAUGUCAUUGUUGUAUAGUCAUACUGACCGCUCGCUGUCAAAGGUCAUAAUAGACAUUUCGGUAAUGCUCAAUGUCAGGAUUCGGCGGUGAACGUUUCUCAUGUUGAGGCAACCUUAACUCCCACAAAAGAUAUCCACUCGCUGUCUCCCAAAAAAGAAAGAAGGAAAAAAUUAUAUUCUUUGAUUUUUUCGAUAGAGUUUGUACAUUAUCUUUUCUUAUUACCAACGUCUUCAACCAAUUCAAUAUUAAUAAUAUCAUGUCACAGUCAUCGCCAUUGAUAUACCUCCCGGACGAGCUUCUAAUACAGAUAUGCUCUGACCUCGACAUUCUCACCAUUUUUGCUCUUGCUGACUCAGGGCGCAUUGCUCGACGAAGAUUACUCAGCAUUCGUAGCAUCUGGCAAAAGGUCACAUUCGAUCCAAAUCGAAGGAACCUACAUACUAUAUACGCCACCCUGCGACGAUUUAGAGAUGAUAGCAACCUCAAUCAUCUUCGACCCUUGGUAGAAAGUGUCACAAUGGAUGGAUUUGAUGACCCAAUGAUAUCACCCAUUGUCAUGAUAGUCAAAUUCCCCAACCUUCGCCAUAUUGCAGCUAGAAAUCGACGCUACACUACCUCCAUCGAAACGGAUACGAAAGUGUUACAUGAAUUCCUCAAUAGUGGAAAAAUAUCCCAACAUUCCCUCAAAUUGGAGACAUAUCAACUCUAUCACCCAUACAUGAUUGAAGAACGCACUUUGCGAAGAUUUCAAUCCACCUUGAAUGCAUUAGCUCUCAACGGAUCAGUUGAGCUGGACAUUCGACAAUGCUCUCAUACCGCAGAACCUGUGCCUAUAAUAGACGAUGACUUGGACGCCACUGCAGAAGAGAACAAUAGGCAGGUGAAGUCACCUGUGGAGUGUCGUCGUAUCAUCAGGAAAGGCGCAAAAUGUUGGGCUUGUGGCGAACCAGAGGAAUACUGUUAUCAAUGCAUUGAUAAAUGUACAAACUGUGGACUUCGUCGGUUACCUCCUUUUGUCAGUGAUGUCCACGUCUUGGAAGCUGCUGGAAGGCCAAACAAUGUGAAUGACAACUCCGAAGACAUGUUUAGUGUUUUUGAAUAGUUUUUAGACGACCACUUUUUGUUUGUAAUAAU